AUGGGUGACAAUCAAACAGUAAAUGAUACUGUAACAAAUGAAGAUGAGCUUAUCCCAUCUGCUCCAGUACAAUUUUGGACAUAUCUUGUAUUUCAAGUUCCAUCACUUACUUGUGCUUUAUAUCUUCUUUAUCAUUUAACAUUUGGUCAAUGUUUACGUAGACAUUUACAUAAUCAUGUUAUAACGGUUUUACUUUUUCUAUGCUUAAUUAUUUUAGUCGUAGAUAAUCCGUUGUAUCUUGAUGGAUGGCGCAUGGGUGGUGGAAAUUCAUUUCCAUUUUCACCAGGUGUUUGUUUAUUAUGGUGGUUUGUGGAUUAUGGAUUUUACGGUGCAGUUUCUGUAUUUCUUGCCUGGGGCUCAUUAGAAAGGCAUAUAUUCAUAUUCUAUCGACAUCAAUGUCUCGGUACGAAACGUAAAGUUUUUUGCGUCCAUUAUUUUCCUCUAAUCGUAAUUUCGAUUUAUCUUAUUGGAUUUUAUAGUUUUGCAAUUUUAUUUCCACCAUGUGAAAAUAUUUUCUAUGAUAACUAUUUAGCAUGUGGUUCAUGUCCAUGUUAUCAAGAUGUACCAUGGAUAAAUACAUGGGAUUAUUUAUUAAAUGGAGUUUUAUGUAAUAUUUUAGAAGCAUUUUUCAGUUGUACUUUGCUUGUAAAAGUUAUAUGGAGAAAAAAUUACUCAACACGACGCUUUAAUUGGAAAAAAUAUCGAAAAAUGACUGUGCAAUUGCUUUCGAUUUCAAUACUAUCAUUGAUGAUUAAUCUUCCACAAUCAUUAAUUAUUUUCAUACAAGUCAUGGGGCCAGGUAUGAGUAGUUUUGGUAGUACUGCUGAACCGUAUUUAUUUUAUUUUACCGGCUAUAUUAUUUUAUUGAUACCAUUUGUUUGUCUUGCAUGCCUACAAGAAUUGUGGCCAAAACGAGUUUUUUUUAAGCUACGAAGACCGCGCACAAUUCGUCCUAUGACAAUGACUGUUGCUGUUGUACCAUUAGAAAUUGUACAACGAAAGUACAAUUAA